AGACCGAGACCAGAGCCAGAGCAAGCUGGUUGUCAUGGGGGAGGGACGAUGCUACCAGCCAGGCUUCUCCAAACCUUCUGUAUGUAUGCAAGGAGAAAGAGCAUCUUUGAGGCUGAAAGGAGACAUUUAGAGAGGAUGUGUCUGAUUUUUGUUUCCAUUUAUUUUUUGUCUUCACAGAACAUGAUCAAAUGAGGUACCUUAGCCAGCUUGGUGAUUGCUUCGGGUCUUGUAAUCAUCUGUGUAGCAAAGUGGGUAAAAUCAUUCAAUUUCUUCCCUGCUGGACCUGGAAGGAGAGGGGCUGUGUGCUCAUCCCCACCCAUUAGCUAUGCCCUCUUUUCUCCGAAUGUCGAUUUAACGAAGCAAGCACCUGUCUUCUGCCACUGCAUCUUCCUUGCAAACUUUAAAAGGCAUUUUAUCCGAUAGAAAGAACAUCGAAAAUGCUCUGAUCUCUAGUGAUGAAGAAUCUUGGAUUCGACACUUUUCGCAUCCAGAUAUAAUGCACUUUAAUUGAAGAAAUACUGAACUGAACCUACAAGUCUCUUUCUUAUGGUGCUGGAUUACUCCUACCGAACUGCCCCGAGACCAGCCCUGAGAGAGGGCUCAGACAGACCCAACUCACCUCCUGACUAUUCCAUUUAGUUCUCCCCGGGGACUUAAUUUUGAAAGCAUCCCGUCUCCAUGAUACCUUCCAAGAUGAUGAGUGCUAAUCCUGAAGAAGACCCAUUGGACACCUUUUUCCAGUAUAUUGAGGAUAUGGGAAUGAAGGCAUAUGAUGGCCUUGUUAUUCAAAAUGCAUCUGACAUUGCUCGCGAGAAUGAUCGCUUGAGAAAUGAGACAAACCUCGCUUACUUGAAGGAGAAGAACGAGAAACGUAGACGACAGGAAGAAACAAUCAAACGCAUAGGAGGAGAAGUAGGGCGAGGCCAGGACGCCAGCUACGCGGGCAAGCAUUUCCGCAUGGGGUUUAUGACGAUGCCUGCACCUCAGGACAGACUCCCACAUCCCUGCUCCAGUGGUUUCACUGUGAGAUCUCAGUCCCUGCACUCUGUUGGGGGCACUGAAGAUGACAGCAGCUGUGGAUCACGGAGACAACCACCCCCCAAACCCAAGCGAGACCCCAGCACCAAGCUUAGCACCUCAUCUGAGACAGUCAACAGCACUGCAGCCACUAAGAGUGGGAGACCUCUGGAGAGGGCAGAAGGUAAAUUCACCGCGCCUACUUCCCACUCACCUCCAAGGGCUUCAACUUCAGGACACCUGCUUUCUUCCCCCGGGUCGCAGGAAAGAAACAUCAAGGUGUCUGCCAAGCCAAGACCCCACAGUGACGAAUAUUCAAAGAAAAUCCCCCCUCCGAAACCGAAACGGAAUCCUAACACUCAACUUAGUACGUCUUUCGAUGAAACCUACAUCAAAAAGCAUGUGCCAAGGAGGACCUCUCUCCCGCGAGAUUCAUCCCUGUCCCAAGUCUGCAGCCCCGCGGCAGACCCUGAAGAAGAGGAGCCUGUGUACAUAGAGAUGGUGGGGAACAUUCUCAGAGACUUCAGGAAGGAAGAUGACGACCAGAGCGAGGCUGUGUAUGAGGAGAUGAAAUAUCCCAUUUUCGACGACCUGGGCCAUGAUGCCAAAUGUGACUUUGAUCAUCACAGUUGUUCUUCGCAGUGUGCUACUCCCACGGUGCCUGACCUGGACUUCGUCAAGUCUUCAGGACCAUGUACUCCUAAGGGUCUGCUUUGUGACAUACCCCCGCCCUUCCCCAACUUGCUUUCUCACAGACCACCCCUGCUGGUCUUUCCACCCGCGCCGGUACACUGCUCUCCCAAUUCUGAUGAGUCUCCGCUGACCCCUCUGGAGGUCACAAAGCUUCCUGUGUUGGAAAAUGUGUCUUACAUGAAACAACCACCUGGAGCAUGUCCACCCUCACUGCCAUCCCACAGCUCCAGCCAUGCUAAAGACCAGGGAGGAGCCUUGGGUCCUGCUCCUGGAGCGUCCAUUCUCUCUUCGUCCCCUCCACCUCCAUCCACUUUGUACAGAACCCAGUCUCCCCAUGGCUAUCCAAAAAGUCAUUCCACCUCCCCAUCCCCUGUCAGCAUGGGGAGGUCCCUGACGCCCUUGAGCCUCAAGAGGCCUCCCCCUUAUGAUGCUGUGCAUUCCAGCAGCCUCUCAAGGAGCUCUCCCUCAGUGCCUCACUCGACCCCUAGACCCGUGUCUCAAGAUGGGGCCAAGAUGGUCAACGCUGCGGUGAACACCUACAGCACUGCUCAGAGUGGUUCCAGGUCCAGGACACCCACCAGUCCUUUGGAGGAGCUCACCAGCCUCUUUACCUCAGGGCGGAGCCUGUUGCGGAAGUCGUCGUCCAGCGGCCGAAGGUCCAAAGAGCCAGCAGAGAAAUCCACAGAGGAGCUGAAAGUUCGAAGCCACAGCACGGAGCCGUUACCAAAGUUGGACAGCAAAGAGAGAGGUCAUCACGGAGCAUCUUCCUCGAGAGAGCCCGUGAAAGCUCAAGAAUGGGAUGGAACCCCAGGUCCACCUGUGGUCACCAGCAGAAUGGGCAGAUGCUCUGUGAGCCCCACCCUGUUGGCAGGAAACCAUGGUUCAGAACCUAAAGUAAGCUGCAAGCUAGGCCGGUCUGCAUCUACAUCGGGAGUCCCUCCUCCUUCAGUCACUCCUCUCAGGCAAGCCAGUGAUCUACAACAGAGCCAGGUACCAUCAUCGUUAGCCAAUCGUGAUUGACUUCCUGUGGUGCAGCAUAUCAAAAGCUUCCCACCUGUCUGUCCUGUGUUGCUGUAGACAACGUUUCCAUUUGCUUUGGUUUCUCUCUGUGUGUAUGGGUAGGGGAGGAGUUCAGCAUCUGUGUUUUCAUCUCCAAGAGAAUGUCUCUCUUCUUUGUGAUUGGUGAUACUUUCUUUGCUGUUUGUUACAAGUCGUUUCUGUCUCUGGUUUCCAUCAUUCUGAAAGAUUAAUGUAGUAAAUGUGCACUAUAUGUAUGGGAAUACUCGCGAUUUUAAAGAAUUCGUUCUCUUUUCCAUGUUCUGUGUAUUUUUAUACUGUCUUUUGCAAAUUUAUCAACAUUUGAUAAAUUUAUCUACUCUUUUGUGUAAAUUUCUUUUUAAAUGUUUUGUCCAUGAUAUUUGCACAGAUGUUGUCCAAUGAACCUGUACAUACAUUUUAACCCUUAUCCCGCUAUACUGUAAUAUUUGUGGUAACUUACUUAACAUUUUUAUCUAGCUCCAAGCAUGAUUGUAAGACAAUGUCUAUAUUGAUGUUCUGAUAAAUAUUCAUAUAUGUCUAUGGACUCCUGGGAUUGACUGUGGCAGCUAGUCUUUACUCAUUCUUAGGCCAUAGGGACAAAUUAGUCAACCAGAUAAUUUAGAUAUUUACCAACAGCCGUAGAUUAAUAAGGCAAGCUUAUAAAUAAAUGACAUUUCUCUCGUAGACCACCAAUAUCAGAAAUGUUCUCAGAAAAGAGACUGUAAGUGUCUGUGCAUGGCAAAUUGGGUCUUCACUAUCACUUGGAGAAAAGAGAUAAGAAAUAAAAGCAUAAGCUAAACUACAACUUAUUUCUUCAUAGUAUACUAUGUUGUUUCCAUGUUCAUUUGGGUGCAUGGCUGUGAAUGGGAGUUCAGGACAAGGUAAACCUCUACAUGUAAACAUCAUUUUGUAACUCAACCAACAGGAACCAAAUAACUUCACUUAACUGGGGAGGUUUGUUAUUGUCGCCAGGAGGUAUUAUGGGUAUUAAGCAGGACAACAGGAUUUUAGAAUAGAUGUUCCCCUUCCCAGCUCUUGUGUUUCCAUUUAUGAUGCUCUACUGAAAAAAAAAAGGAUGUUAUAAAAUCAAAGACAAGAUCUUCUAAGGAACUGCCCAGCGCUGAUCAUCAAUUUGCACAUUCAUCAAAUACGGUAAAUGUCAGGAUCUUUUAAAAACAUAGCUAAGCAGAAUAAUUGCAUUUUGUAAGGAGAAACAUUGUGUUUAGUAUUUUUGCCCUACUGAACAAUACACAGCAUUUGCUUUAUGCAUAUAUGAAUAUCAGCAAACACUUGUCACUCUCAGAUGCAUCUCAAAUGCCAUUUAGGAUUUCUCGUAUCUUAAUUUAAACUCUGAAAUGCCUUUGUAAGUAAAUGUAGCCAUCCAGACUACUUCAAGGAUCACAGCAUAAGUUGUCAGGCUAUACUGUCCUUCGAGUCACAGCAACAAGAGGACCCUUUCUCUACGAUCUCUCAAAUAUUGAAAAACUGUUAAAGAGUGUGGUAUCAAAAUUCAUCUCUUCUAACACAGAAUUAGGAGACUCUUUGUAGCCGACCAGUCUGAUUCCUCAGCUGUUUGGAUUGUGUGCUUAAGGUUAUAUAUAAAAUGGAAGCAGAGAAAAGACUAAACCAGAGCAGGUCAACCAUGCUGACCUCUUACUGAACACCAAGCUUCCCCACAGAGGAAAUCCCUCUAAGUCAUGCCAGAGAUUUAUUUGGCCAAUAGCAUCUGCUGUUCAUGUUAGCAUGCCUUGAGGUCAGCCCAGCACAUAUUUUUAAUACAUAAAAGCCCAAAAAGAGGGACAACAAAAGAGCCACGAAGAUCAUUACACAAAACCAGUUCCCAUUGCAGAAUUAUUUCUCCUGUAUUAAUUUUCAACUGAAAAAGAGAUUGCAUUUAGCAAGGAGCAUCUUCCAGAAAUAAUGUUUAUUUCAAUGAAAUUUGUUGCAGAUGGGAUCUAGCAUUGUGAAAUACGGAAUAAAUUAAUGUCAGUUAUAAGACUACUGGCAAAUAACUUAUCACAUUAUGAUGAAAUUACACUAUGACGAUGUCGUGUUAGUAAAAUGCAAGUCUGAAAAUCACCAUUAUUUUGUAUGUGCUCUCAAGAGUUCUGUCUGAUUGGUUGAAAAAAAUGCAAGGCGUGAGUUUUCUGUUGAGCUCUCUAUUCUGUUUAAUUAAAAUCAGAGUCAAGUAAGUGAAAGAUUACUUUUAAAUAGCAGAUGCUAUCUUCAAAUGUUGGGAAUCUUAAAAUGUUGGGAUUAUUUGAUUUCUAAAUUCACGAAAGGAUUUUGAUUACAUUUUAAAACCAACGGUGUCACAUGAUAUUUUGGCAUUUAAUUUAGAUUUGCAUGGUCACUAAAUUUGAGUGUUUUAAGUAACAGAUAUUUAGAGACCAUUUUUAAGUCUAACAGUCUCAUAACCAGCAUCUCUGGAAAUUCAUGACUGGGCAGAAUGUAACAAACUCGUGCCUGUCCCCAACAAGCUCCCAUCUAUCGCUACCAGGAAUGAGACAGACUAAUGACAUUUAGAAUUCUCUCUAAGAAGACUUAAACCCAUGGGGUAGUAAUUAAGUCAAAGGACUCUGAGAGUUUCUACUACCUGACCCUAUAAUCACCUGUACCUGGAUGUGUCCUUUACACCCUUAUCAUCGGAAGUCAAAACUAGGCCAAUGGAAAAGCUAUAAAUGAGCCGAAGUAAACUCUUUAGUGUGUCAAAGGCACAGAUGAUAUGGGAGGAAGUGAGGGGAAGUUCUCACAGUGACAACCCCAUGCUAUUUAUUGUCAUCUCUGCUUGCCCGCAGGACACGUGUGCCAAGCAUUUCUGUAUUGUGCCAUAUCGGAUAGGUGCUCUUACUAUCCCAUGAGUGAGGCGGCUGACACAAACUGUUCACGGUGUCUUGCUUAUGGGAUGCUAGAACCUAUGAAUUGCAAUGCUUAAAUGCCUCACCCUUUUUAUUUUCCUGAGCCUGUUUUCUUAUCUGUAGAACAUGGGAAGUAUUAUUUGUUUUGUAGUAUUUUUUGAGAAUCAAUGUGAUUAUAAAUAUAUAUGAUUUAUAGUAAUAUAUUAUAUUGUAUAUUAUAUAAUAUAUCAUAUAUUUAUAUAUUUAAGUUAUAUAUUUGUAUAAUUUUUAAUUUAAAAUAUUGAUUAUAUAAUUAUAAUGUUAAUUAAAUAUAAUUAUAAUAAUAUAAUUAUAUAAUUAAUAGUAUAUUAAAUGUAAAUACAUUUAUAUAUAUGAAAAGGAUUAGGGAGAAUAUUAAUUCUCUUCUUGCCAUAUAUCAUUUUGCUCUCUCAAAUACUCAAUUUUUUGGUUUGCUGGAAAAUUCUAAGAGGAGACUUCUGGCCAGUGGUGUAACAAAGCCGUUGGAUGCAGAUGGGUGGCUUGGUUAGACCCAUAUUAUCAGCCUCAUGUGAGAAAUUAGACACUCAGAAUUUGCUGGAGUAGUGACUUUUUCUUGCACUGUACCUACCAUGUGUGGUUUGGAGACAAGAUAUGUGGAAAUUGACUAUAGGUGUCAUUUCACUCCCCUGUCAUCUAUUACUACUUAUUGUCCUAUCUGGAUUAAAUGAGAAAUGGAUGCAAUGGAGUUUUCUACAGCUAUCUAGGAUUCUAUCAUCUCUCGUGGUUAGGAGAAAGAAGAUGCAGAAACACGGGACAGAUUUUUGCUAUGGUCAGACUCUGCUUUAAGAUGUACUACUCCUCUGUUUCAAAUGCCUUGUUCUCUUUAAACACCAGCACUGCACACUGUGGCAUACACCUUCAACAACUGAAAUGAAUGGGGCUUCAACAGGUUUCCACACUGCUUGGAGAACCUUUAACAAAUCAAGUGGAUACACAGCUCCCUCUAGCAACCAAAAUGUAUACUACAGCCUUCUCUUCAGGUUACUUUAAAUAGGGGGUCUUACUUUUAAAUAACACCAUUUUGAGUAAGGAAAAUAAGGAAUUGAUCCAAUUUCCCCCUGAGUGCUACACGUCUUUAUGGAUAGAUGAAGUUCACUUCAUUGGGGUGCAUGACCUCUUCCAUUUAUUUUAAUUAUCUCUGCUCAACCUGAGUCUUGCGAAUACAACCUUAUCCUUCUUUAACAGAUGGAAAUUAAAGUGCAGGGGUGAAAAGCUUAAUUCAAUAAAUGGAAGAAUACCUUCUUGAAUUUUUUCUGCUGUCAAUGUCUUUGAGAUGAGUAGCCUAAGAAUGUUAAAAGAAAAAGAGUUCUUCCUAGCUAAGGGGUAAGUUUUCCUCCUACUUAGGGGACCAGUGGAAUGUGAAGCAAUGUUUGCCUAUAAUACCAGCUCGCACCGCACUUUAUUCCAUUUCCUCCCAAUCUUCUUAUGCUGUGACACUUGAUGCAGUUCCUCAUGGUCCCCGACCAUAAAAUUAUUUGGCUGAUACUUUAUAACUGUAAUUUUGCUACUGUUAGAAGUUGUAAUGUAAAUAUCUGGUUUGUGACACCCAAAGAGGUUGAGACCCACAGAUUGAGAAGUUCUGCUUUAUUUGAAUAAUAAAUAUGGUCCAGUGGUGCAUGCCUUUCUAAAGAAACUCUGAAGAUCACUAGCUGCUCCCCUCUAUUCUGUGCUACAAAUAAAUAUUGCCCCUGAGGUUGAGCCACCUCGCUAAACAAAGCAGAUAUUUUAAGCAAUGUUUGUGUUCAUCCUGCAACUGCCACAUUUAUCUGGAUUCUAUAUUUAUAUCAUAUAAUAUCAGUGCUUUGUACUCUUGAUAUCCUGUCUAUUAGGAAGUCAGAGUAUUUCUAUUAGUGAGAAAGCUGAAGCCGGAGUGCCUCUGUCCAUUCAAAUCUGACACUAGUCACAGGAUGCUAAGGUGUAUACACAGAAUGUCCUAUUAAAACCCUGCUGUACACAUAACUGCCUUCUUCAUGCUUUCCUCAAUUGCUCUCCACUUUCUCUUUCACUCAUUGGCUUAUUAAACAUGCAGAUUGUCUUGGGUCUUACGUAUGUGUUCAUCCUUCUUAAUGGAAUUCACAUAAGGGGGCAUGAAUUUCUUAGGGACUUCAACCAAGCAGCUCCCUGCCUACGACUUGUAUUCCCCAAGGGUGAAAUGAGCUUAGCAAUGUGACUCUAUCUUUGUCGGAUGACUCAAUUUCCACUCCGGUGUUUUCCAUUGAAAGAACUCAGGAGAGACACAAAGAGCAGAAUUUUGUUGCAGAAGAAAGGUCUGGAAGUAUAUGAUGGACAAAGGCCCCAUGGCCUCCAUGUACAUUUCAGACUGGUGUAUGAGUUGCUUCUCUAUCAUAGUGAUAAAAUGCCAUAACUAAAGCAACUUAGAGAAGGAGGACUUAUGUUUCUAGAGGGAUAGGAGUCCUCCAUGGCAAGGGAGCACGACAGCCAGUGGUCAGUCGCCUGAGGAUGCUGAGAGCUCACAUACUGAACUAACUGCAAGCUAGAAGAAGAGAGAACGAACUGGGAAUGACUGAAUCCUCAAAAUCUGUUUUCACUCUCAUACUUCUGUCAGCAAGGGUACAUCUAUUAAGCCUCCUGAAACAGUGCCACCAACUGGGGACAAAAUAUUCAAAUGCCAGAGACUUUGGGGAAUUCAAACCACUAUAGAUAGCUUUUAAAGUCUCUAGAUCAUAUAAUUUUUCUUUUGAGUUUUUUUCUAUCCAAGAAGCAGGUAGACCCUCUUAAAAUGACUCUUACUAAGGGAGAUAAUAAUGCCCUUCAAAUAAGAAAGAACUAGAGAGUAAUCAGGUAGGGUUUACUUAGUGGGCUUUUAGAGGUUCAAAAGUUUGCUAUGCCACGCCUCCCUCCCAGGGCCAGAGAUGAUUAAAAUCCCAUUCUAUUGGACAAUAAUCAUAGUCCUGUAGUUUUAGUCAUUAGUCUUACAAGCUGCUUAUUGUAAGGUUAGCCCCGGUGAUCUCCAGGCCUGGAUGGAUUGACCCUGUGAUCAGCUUCAGUGAGGCAGCUCAACUUUAUUCUUGGUGAACAAGGGUUAUGGAGAUCUUGGAGAGUGGGUCAUGGUGAAUAUACUUUCUUGGCUACGAUAGGAGUGCUUCAUUUACAUGAAGAAGAAUUGCCAGGAAGGUCCUUAUCAGGCAAGAGAAAGUUGAACCUGUAAAUCUGUCCAUAGACUAUGUGAAUUUCCACAGACAUAUUUUGGGGGUUAUGGGUUGGAAGGGCUGAUUGGUCAUAACACAGUACCUAAUUAUCAUACAGUGGGAAGGGCUGAGCAGUUCUUAUGUGUGGAAUCAUGAAGCCCUUGUGGGGAGCUUUAUGCAGGAGCAUCCUCUACAUAAGGUAGGACACCUGUGCUUAGAGACACUCUCCAGAUAAGAUCAGGCAGAGAAGAGGAAGCCCCACUGAGAAAGAGAGUCCUCCAUUUUGUACUAAGCUCAGAGAGCUUACCCAGAUAUGUUGAACUACGAUCUUAAUAGCAGGCUCUUCCAACAGUAGAGUGUAGACUAGUGUUAGGAGAAACUGACCACGUUGAAACCAUGCCUAAGUGCUCAGAGUAUGUGCACGUUACACAUACAUGUGUGUGAAUAUGCAUAAACAUGCAUGUGCUGCUAUGACUGUGCAUGGGAGUGAACAUGCCUCUGAAGAUUAGGCCUUCAGCAAACCUAAUAGAUUGCAUAUUCUGGAAACAAGGUGUAGGCCAUAGCACACAUCUGGACCUGACAGCAUCGGCUGCUGGAGUUUGGGUGCGGAUUUAGCCAACAACACACAACAGACAUUAAUGUAUUCACUAAGGCUUACCUGGCUUCUGGAUUUCUGCAGCAAUCCCAUAAACAGACACUUUAAAGGGGGAAAAAUAACCAUACUGUCAGUUCAAAGCAUUUGUAUUUGUGAAGCAAAGACUGCAUUUGAGCUGGUUAGUAAUCCUCGGUUGUCAGCUAUUUUGACAGGGAUGGUAUUUGGUAUUUGAAAUGCUGCGUUUAAUGGCUCUGUUCCUAGAAAAUGAGGAAGUCAUUUGAAGGACCGAAGACUGUCAAGAGUAAUCCUACCUGACACAAUCAACUUUGCAUAUGAAAGGGAAGAAGACUUCCCUGAGAAGAACCAAAGUUGCUUAUCUUUCAAGUGCACUUUGAGUGGAUCCCCAAUCUGUGCCAUUUACCAACAAAACCCUAAAUAAUGGCACAAGGGGCUCUUGGGGAGUCCAGACACUCACACGGUCUCUUGGUGUUACCAAGCCUAGGGAAUCCUCACGUGUUUUGAUUUCUAAAUUCUUACAAAGUAAGGUGAUGGAUUUAAAAGCAAAUCUCAUAGUAGAGUGCUGGAAAGUACUUCUUUUUCCAUUGUUCAUUUGUUGGUCAUGUCCCUCCUUUGAUCAUUUUGUCUGAGCACAGAGAGGCAGAGACUCUUAAUGUAACAUCUCUUCCUUCUUAGCACAGGCAUGCAUCAGGAGAACAAAGCACUGGGCAGCAGAUCAGGAGAGAGGCAAACCAUACCACAGUUUUAUUCUUUGAGUUUCUUUUGCUUGAAGCCAGGUGUAUUUUGGAAGACAGCUGUGCAGCUUUAUAACAGAACCAUCGCCUCUAGUCCAUUUUUUUCUAUAACUCCAAUCUCUAUCCCAGGUCUACUUUUCACAGCUAUAGACGUGAGUAUAUGUGCCCCACCCUGUGUGACGUUCUGUAGAGUUGUCAUAUUGUUCUACACAUUUCAAGGCCCUGGUGAGUUGGUCCUGGUCUCGUUCAGCUAAAUCAACCACCACUUAUUCAUAUCCUUUAAAUACUCCUUGUGGGCACUGCACACUUCCCACCAGAAAAUCCUUUUCACUCCUCAGUGCUCUCAGGGUGUCUACAAAGAUUGCAUAGGCCUCAUUUCCUCUGACAACCUCCUCUUAGCGUGUUCACAUGAGUAUUAAUCCGUCCUCUAGUCAGAUCCUAUUAUUCCAAGUACAUGUUCCUUCUUUUUCUUCUUCAUGAUCAUAAAUGGCUUUUAGUGAACAUUGGUUGGAGAAGGAUUUUACUUAACAUCAUGGACAUGUCCCCUGAAGAGGCUUGUCACUUAAGCAACCAGUUCCUAAAGUGUGAAGAAAAACUCAUGAUUCAUUUUUCUCUCCCCACCUCCCUUCCCUCCUUCCAACCGUCUCUCUCUCUCUCUCUCUCUCUCUCUCUCUCUCUCUCUCUCUCUCUCUCACUCAGUCACUAUUUUUCUCUGUGGGAGAGAGUUAACAAGCCUUGCUCUACUGUGGCUCAACAGCUCUUAGUUGAUGGCUCCUUCAUGCUUUCUCUUCAUGCUGAACUAAAUCAUGUGAUGCCUCUCUCAUUUCUCUGAAGGGUUUCUCCUCUGGUCUUCUACCUGCCCAUAACUAUUAUCUUGCAACAAAGAACAUUAUUCCUACCACAUCCGACUUCUGUUCUAUGUCUACCCAAUCAGAGAGAAUUUUGGCUAAAUUUCUUUACUAUCAGAAUUUUAAAUUUAAAGACAUAAAGCAGACAUUUAAAGGGAGACGAGAGGAGAGAGAGGAGAGGAGAGGAGAUCACAUUACUAUACUAACAUUUUCCCACAAAGCCAUUCCAGAGAUUUAUGGGCCAUAAGUAUUUUCAGUAUAUUAUUUUCCUUGAGAAGGCAGAUAUUUAUUUUCAAGUUAGAAAGUUCAAGCUGCCUUAAUAUGUAUUGAAGGAACAUUUAUGGUAAAGGUAUAACAGAUAAGUCCUCUGCAGGCUGUGAUGAUGAUUGGCCAGGAGCAUGGGAACUCCCAGUAGUGGUUCUCAUAAUUCCCACAUAUCCUUCCAACAGCUGGUGAAUGGGAGAGUUCACUUGAUUGCUCACCAAGAAAAAUGAGAGCGAUAACAGAAAUGCAAGGCCCCCUGAGAGAGGUGACACAGUAUGGCAACUCCUGGAAAAGAAAUCCCCAUUGAACUCAUUCCUGAACAUGAAGUUCAUUUUUAAUCAUCUCUGUCAACAAAAGGAGAAAGAGCAUACCACUGGUGCCAGUAUAGAAAGGCAAUCUACACUUAAAUGGUACAAAUGUGGACCUAGGGCAGAACCUUAACUCUGAUGUAUGACACUGAGUGAAGACUUGUACAGUCCCUGAGAAUGGGGAGGUAUGGGGACAUUUCCUACAAAUUAUUUAGUACAAGAUAUUAUCUGAGAGAGAGAGAGAGAGAGAGAGAGAGAGAGAGAGAGAGAGAGAGAUUAAUACAAGCUGCAUUUUUCUCUUUUCUGUCUUAUCUCUGUGUCUCCACAUCUCAUCUUUGUCUCUCUGUCUCUGUCUGCCUCUCUCAAUCUCUUUCUCUCUUAUUGCUCUAUCACAGCUUUAUAGGACAGCCAUGGGCACUUGAACACUUGCUACUGGGUUGGUUCCUCCUAAGUUAUGAGUUUGUAGAAUUUUUAAGAAUACUUCUGCAGCCAAAUGGAGAAACUGAAAAACUGCAAUUUCCCAGAGACCGACAACCGUUCGCUGUGGUGCUCUCCAGAUCUGACUCCAAUCGGGUUUCAUUUGUGCAGUUAUCUGUAUUUUCAAUGUGACUCCAAGGGGAAGCUACACUCACACUCAGGGGUGACAGCACUUCCUCUUUUCCCAUCUCCUCCCUGAGCGAGGAACAACUGUCCAGGCUCCAGCAACAUUGAGAGGGUUUCAGUUCCUCUCCCAGAAACAGGGAUGCAGAGUGGGGUGAGGAGUGUGGCUCAGGAUGGUGGAGUAGAGGAAGCCAUAUUUUUUUUAAUCCUUACUUUUACUUAGCAACUCUCUUGCAGGCCAGGUGGACGGCUAUCUGGAUGACCCUGAAGGAUGCUAGGACUUGCUCGGGCAGAAUAGUGCUUAGUCAAUCUUCUAUGCCACAAGCAUGAAACCAGCAGCUGGGAGCUCUGCAAAAGGGCAUGGAAGAUAAUAAUAAUGAUUGGGACUUAUUCUAAAUCCCUGUCCUCUAAAAAUUAUCCACCUACUGUCUCCUAUUUAGUCUGGCUUCAUAUGUGCCACGGACUGAGUCUUGAUAACUAGCAUGUGUAGCUGUUAUGACGUUUGCCCACUACUAUUUAGACUUUACAAAUGGUAUUCUAGCUUGUAAAACUAUUGACCCAAUUCCCUAUAGUCAGAGGAAUUUUAGCCUAAUAAAGAGAUCAGUUACGUGUGUGUACAUGGGUGUGCACUCUCAAUUCAGUAUAAUUAAGAAGUGCACCCAGAAAAGAUUCAUUGCCAGUGUCGGGGAUACCAUGGAAGGUGGUCAAGUGCAGCUUUAUUGAAGGAAGAAGUAGCAUUUGAUGGCCACCUUAACAGCAGAGGGAAGUUAAGCAGACAUCAGUUUUGCAAAAGGA